AUGGCGGUUAUUAAUAUAUCAAACUUAUACAACUAUGGUAAUGCCGAAAAUUCGUCUCUCAGGUUAACCACAUCAACUAAUAUGGAUUUUAAUCAAAUUCUAGAUUUAGAUCCAACAUUUGCUGAAGCAUCUAGGCUCACUUUUACUGUCAUGUAUCAAUUCAUGUCUAAAUAUCUUGACUCUAUAAAGUUUCAGGGUGAAGUCGAUUUUUUUGAGGGCUUGCUUUUAUAUUGUGAGAUCGUGUUACUUUGGAUGGUAGUAAAUGAUGCUUUAAUAACUUCGCAGAAAAAUCUAAUGAUUGUAUUUGGAGAAAAUUUUUUGACAAAUCUAUUUGUCCUGAUUUUUGGGAUACUUAGGUCUGAUUCCUCACAGAAAUUGGCUAUCAAGGCUACAGAAUUGAAAUCUCGCAAACAAGAAUUAGAGAAUCUUUUAGCUGCAACUUGUGAGGGUCCUCAACACAAAAAUUUUAGUCAAAGAAUUCCAAGAAAAAUACCUCUCAUGCAACGAAAAAGGUGA